CAUCUUUUAGCUUUAGUUCAAAAAAAACACAAGUAUAAGAUAUCAUUAUCAUCCUGUAUUGAACAUCUUGUUCUUUAAUAAUAAUCAUUAUGGCACAAACGGUGGGAAGAAACAUGGCUGCACCAUUGUUGUUUCUUAACUUGGUUAUGUAUUUGAUCACUUUAGGGUUUGCUAGUUGGUGUCUCAACAAGCUCAUCAACAACCAGACCAACCACCCAAGUUUUGGUGGAAAUGGUGCGACGGAGUUCUUUUUGGAGUUUGCGAUCUUGGCUUCGGUUCUCGGGAUUGUUUCGAAGUUUGCGGGUGGGAAUCAUCUUAGGGCGUGGAGGAAUGAUAGUUUAGCGGCUGCUGGGUCGACUUCUCUGGUGGCGUGGGCUGUUACGGUUCUCGCUUUCGGGUUGGCAUGCAAGGAGAUCAACCUAGGAGGCCACAGAGGAUGGAGACUAAGGAUAGUUGAGGCGUUUAUCAUCAUCUUGGCUGUGACCGAGCUGCUGUAUGUUCUGUUGGUGCAUGCCGGACUGUACAGCAGCCGAUACGGGCCGGGUUACCGUGAUAUGGACUACGGAAUGGGGGCACAUCCAGCUGACACUGGUUAUAAAGGAACGUCUACCACCGUGGGUGGAACUAGCUAGGGUUUUUGAUCUUUGAUAUGGUUUGUAUUAUCGUUGUAAUUAAGAUCGUCUUGCUGCUGUGUUGGAUUUGGUUUUCGUAUGUACCGUUGAUAUUUUCUUAUGUGGCCCAUUAUGUACGAAUAUUAUUAUUGAUGUGAAUAGUUUAAAGUUUAAACCCCUUCGUAUA